ACGAUACAAAAAGUAGCAAAAAAACAUAACAUUUUUCUAAAUCUAUGGAUUCAAUAAAUCCACGAUCCAAAUCUUGUUCUCCAAACAACCCCAUAUGAGAUAACAUAAUUAACUUUGAUAUAUUCAGAGCAUAAUAAAACCUUAAUCGAAACUUUUUUUACCAUCGUAUACUAUUGUGGUAGAGUAUGGUAGUAAAAAAAAGUUAUACCAUUGUCAUAUGAAAAAUUGAAAAUGUACUAUGGUAUGAAUAUAUCAUAAUGUAGAAAUGAUGAUAUACAUGAUUGUAGGUAAAAAAAAACGUCCCGAAACAUAGAGAUAAUCGACAAAGUUUUGUUGAUAAAUUUUGUACAAUUAUUUGGUGAAGUGGACACAGAUGCUGACAUCGACAGGCGGUCUAUUUGGCGUUGGCAGGGUCCCGCUAAGGUCAACCAUUUCAUGUGGCUAGCAAUACGACAGAGAUUUUUGACGAACCAGGAGCGGCACCGAAGGCAUUUGACGGAAGCUCCCCAUUGUUCCAUUUGCCAGACUCAGCAGGAAACAGUCCUGCAUGUGUUGCGGGGCUACCCCUUUUCCAGGUUAACUUGGCUGCAACUCCCUCACCUUUCUGAUCAUCAGAACUUUUUUGACAGUAAUACACAGGAGUGGAUUCUUCGUAACUAGAGCACACAGGCCUAGAUUUUGGCAUCAUUUGCUGGUCCCUGUGGAGGACCAGGAACGACAGGGUGUUUCAGAACAAAGUCGUUACAAUUGAAGCGUUCUUACAGCGCGUCCAGACAUGGAUUAAUGUCGUGCGGACUGCCAUGGACAAAGAUAGGCUUGUUCAUUCGCCUAAUCUGCCUGCUAGAACGGAGGUGGAGAUCUCAUGGAAGCCGCCACCUCCAGAGUGGGUUACUCUCAAUUCAGACGGCUCCGUCCUUCAGGAGUCAGGUCACGCUGCAGCUGGUGGCCUGAUUAGAGAUCAUACAGGAAGCUGUUCUGCAGCUUUCGCUAUAAACUUGGGUAUUUGUUCUGUUACCCGAGCAGAAUUGAGAGGCGCUGUGGAAGGUCUUCAGUUGGCCUGGGAUAUGGGUCAUCGUCGAGUCCGGGUGGAGCUCGAUUCCAGGUGUGCGGUCUAGCUCCUACGGAGCAGGGAUAGACCUGACCAUCAUCAUGUUGCUCUGAUCGACCGUUUCCAGGAUUUGCUUGCCCGGGAUUGGGAAGUGUCUGUUUCCCAUGUUUAUCAUGAGGGAAACCAGUGUGCUGACGCCCUAGCUAAUAGGGGCCAUUCGCUAUCUUUUGGAUUCCAUAGGAUUGAGGUUUCAGAUCCUGCCCUGUGUAAUUUACUCUUAAUGACUGUCAAGGCAUUUCUGUGCCACGUUUCGUUGGGAAUGAAAGAUGAGAUGCGUUGCAUCCAUUUACCAAAAAAAAAAAAUUCGAGUCAAAAUCAUGACGAAAUAUUGAUUGAGGAUAGUAUGAAAUUUUUUUUCCGAAACAUAUAAAAGAAGUAUAUCAUUGUGUAGAUUACAACCAUUACAAUGCAUAUGAACCAAUCUAACCACUUAAAAUUAAGGUAAUACAUUUUUAAUUUUUAU